AUGAAAAUUACACAACUUUUAUAUAUCUUGUGUGUGGUGGUUAUCACAUCGAUCGGUGUGAUCGAUGCCGUGGGCUAUAUAAUACGCUUCGAGACGAAGAAGUCGCGCUGUCUGAAUCCUCCCAGGACCGCCCGCAAGGUAGAGUCCGUGAUCACGCACUGCCAGGAUGAGGUGAAGACAAAACUAGUCAAUGAAGCCUAUGAAAUACUGAAAGAGCAGGUGUCGCAGGAUCAGCCCCCCAUCGAUCCCAACGAUGAUACCAUCGACUAUAUGUGGCCCUCUGUUCCCAGUGGAUCUUCAGGCGUAGAACUGGAUCAUCCACCCACUGGGCCAUUAAAUGCCAGCCACUACGAGUACAUAUUGUUCGAUGAGCCCGAACCACAUCGCCGUAUGGCGCGUCUAAUGAAGAACAUCCGACGCCUGGAUGGGGCACGUUCGGACAUAUAUCACCCGACUCUGGUGCCGCUGGAGGACAAGCGUAUAGCGGGGUGUCUGCUGCACUGCGUCUAUGCCAAGAACCAUGCCAUCGAUCAUAUGGGCUGGCCCACACUGGACGGACUGGUGCAAUUCUACUCGGAGGGCGUCCACGAGCACGGCUUCUUUAUGGCCACCCUGCGCUCGGUGAAUCUCUGCCUGCGGGCCAUGACCACCAAGUACCGUGUCAAUCGCCAGGCGUUGCCGCAGAAAGGUGAAAGCUGCGAUCUGGCUUUCGACGUCUUCGACUGCAUAUCGGACCAAAUUACAGGCUAUUGCCUUGAUCAGUAUAGCCGGUAUUAG